GCACUUCUGCUGGACAAGAACACCUGCUGUCGCCCUCCCUUCCUUUCCCCCCGAUCUCUGCAUGUUCCAUCGUCUAACCUACUCGAUACGCCGUUUCUGUCUGUACCUAGGUACAUCCCCUCGCUUAUGUAACCUCCAGCUUUGCUUUCUCCAGUUCUCGUUUCCCUCCGGCUCUAUUGACUGCGAGUCUUGACCUUAGAUCGAGCUUGAUAUAAGCUCCAGGGUUCCUUCAACUGUCCGCUCUUUAUUGUAUCCAACUAUCCUUUUCGUAAUUUAUCACUAUGGCGAGUCUCAUUCUGGAACGUGCCGUCACUGCUCGACAGCUCAACGGCGGCCGAGCCAACCUCGAUGCUCUAGGCAUCUUCUACGUCCUGGUGGCGAUCCUCUACUCUCUCCUCGUGGCCGUUGAGAUCUACUUGCUGCACCGCCAUCGGUCCAAUCACUCCAUUCGCAUACGCGGCUUCAGCGUCCUCAUUGGCUCCGUCUCGAUGCUCCAUGUGUACCUCGUUCUCGUUCUACUCGCUUACCCCGAAAACGGGAACUGGCCCUGCGUUGCCGAGUACUGGAUCAUGUCAGUGUUUCUACCACUGGGCAUGGCGUUGUUUCAAGCUGCCAAUGCAAGGCUUCUCAAGUACUACGAGAGUCAAGAAAGACUUGCUCGUAAUUAUACGGAGGGGGCACGCAAGAAACGAAUCACUUGGACUCCGAAAGGUAUCUUGGAGGCGUACUUACGUCUUGACGCUGCUGCGAAAACAUAUGCGUGGAUUGUUGUUGGUCUAGCGAUCUCGUUCAUUCCAUCUACUAUACUAUACUUUGGCUCGCGUCGCUUUCAUCGCUCUUACGGCUUUUUCGGUCAUGUUGCCGACCAAUCCAGCUGCCGGAGGGGAGCAGAAUGGGUUCCAUCCAUCUUUAUGCAGCUAUUCUGGACUACAAUAUUUGGGCCCUAUCUACUCUGGAAGAUUCGCAAGGUCAAUGAUGUCCACUACUGGGCGUGGCAGACUCGAUUAGCAAUCAUUGCAGGUCUUCCUGGAACACCGCUCUGGCUCGCUUUUACGUACACGAAGAUUCCCGUGAUGUUGACCAUCAACAAGUACUUCCCAACCUCAGGAUGGUUCCUCCCCUGCCUCAUAACCAUCCAGCAAGUCACUAUCAUCCUCCCCCUCUGGGACGCCUACAAAUCCGCCCUCAACCCUUCCCGCCGCACCAGCACCUCCUCCCUCACCUCUCACAUCUCCGCCUCCUCCUCCGCAACCCUCAAGCACAAAGGUAGCAUGCAAUCCCUCGAGUUCGUGAUAAAGCACAACAUCGAGCCACUCAUAACCUGGGCCGCGCGCAGAGAAUUCACAGCCGAGAACAUGGUCUUCCUGCGCGAAGUGCGCAACUUCCGCCAACGCUGGGAACAUAUUUCUGAGUACAUCCAACCUCAAACACAAACACCUCCCACCUCACUCGGCAAACAAAUCGAUGGACGAACCGAAGCAGGGCCGAGCACCAUCUCAGCUCAGCAACGCCGCCAGCAAUUCACCGAAGCCUCCCUCAUCUUCUUCACGCUGAUCAACCCUUUCACGGCCGAAACACCAAUCAAUAUCGAGUACAAAGUCUUCCGGCACCUACAAUCCCUCUUCUCGAGCGUAGUCUUCGACCCCUACGAGUGUGAUGCCAUCUCGGAGCACUCAAAGCGUGAAAACGUGGUGUGUCCGUGGGAAGACGACGCCUUGAUGCUCGGCGGCCUGCUUGGCCGCGCCGAGAGCGUGAAGAGUGAGUCCGGCAUAGGGAUCGAGCAUGUGCCAAAGGAGUUUGAUGUGGGGCUUUUCGAUGCCGCGUUUGAGAGCAUCAAGUAUCUUGUUUUUACGAAUACGUGGCCGAGGUAUGUGGAGGCGGAGAGAGCGAGUGGAGUGAUGGAGGAGAAGUGGGUUGAGGGAUAGGACAACGAAGUCGUAUAGUAUUGACGGAAGCUGUCAUAUUCUCUUCUCCUUCAAGGGAUGCUCGCUGGUGGGAAGGUGUUGAUAUGGGGUAGAAGGGCUUAAUCUAAUUCUUAUCUGGCCUGCGUGUGGCAAUCUGUCGAUAUGUUGGGGGAAUGGGCAGGACGUUUGCUUGAGGCGUUUUGGGAAUAUACCAUGGUAUCUGGUGGCACUCGUAUAGCUUAUAAGAAAACAUCUACGAGAGAAUUGAACGAGUCUAGAGGGUUUGAAUACUGACCUAUCUUGAGGAAAGCAAAGAAUGGCAAAGGAAUAGGAAGACGAGCAUUUCAUAGGCCCAGUAAAAACCAGAACAAGGUCUCUCGCAGUGC